AUUUUGUUUGUCGUUAAACAGGAAGAAUACCAUUCUCAUAUUUGGAGGAUAUUCAUAUGAGGUUUAUGAAGAAUUAUGGCAGGAUUGCAUCCCAAGCACCCGCUUAUGCGAUGAAUGAUGAAUUCUCAAGGGUUUUACAUCAGCAAAUGGAGUUCUUUUCAAGGAAUCAUAGUGCAGACACGCUGAAUCAUGUUAGAAGUGAAGUUGGUGAGAUACACACCAUCAUGGUGGAUAAUAUCGAGAAAUUACUCGAGCGAGGUGACAGGCUUGAACUUCUGGUUGACAAAACAGCUACAAUGCAAGACAAUGCAUUUCACUUCCGAAAGCAGUCAAAGCGCCUCAAGCAAGCUCUAUGGAUGAAAAAUGCAAAACUCUUGAUUUUACUUACAUGCUUGAUUGUCGCCUUCCUCUACUUCAUACUUGCUGCUUUUUGUGGAGGCAUCACUCUACGUUCAUGCAGAUCAUGACCUCUCCCUGAAUGCGUGAACGAACGAGUUACUCCAUAUACGAUGAUGUUUUGUGACUAGAACAUGAUGAUGUUUGUAUUUUUAGUGUAAAUUCUUGUCAUUUUUUACCUUUAUUUUUGUUGAAAUCUGCAGCACUUUUUUUAAACGAUACCAAUAUUGUGUUGUAUCUCUACAGAUGUACUCCGUAUACAGAUUACAGAUUUCAUGUGUCGUUUUUCUUAGACUUGUUAAUAAUAUAAUCAGCUUUUA